UCGAAUUUUAUUGAAAUGUACCGUGAUCGUUCUUACUUAUGGGAUUCGAGUGAUGUUGACUAUAAAAACAGAAACAAACGGCAUGAUGGUUUGGUGGAAAUAGCGGUGUCAUUUGGCAUUGAGAAAGUGGAGGUGGAAAAGAAAAUUAGAAAUUUGCAAAGUCAAUUUGCAAGGGAGAAAAAGAAAGAGAGCAAGUCGAGGAAGACCGGGACUGGCGCUGAUGACGCCUAUACAAGCAAGUGGUUUGCCUACAAAGCUUUGAUGUUCUUGGCAGAUAAGAACAAACCCAGGAACACUCAGGAUACAGAGGGAUCACAAGAGCCAGAAUUCAAGGAACAACAGAGAGAAAAUGAUAAUGAAGAAAGCGUCGAACAGUCACAGACAUCAAAUUCGAAAGACAACAAUGGAAGUGCAAGUACACCACCGCCUGAAGACGCAUUUACCUCCCCAAAAACACCAAUUAAAAAGCGCAAAGUAAGAUCAACUUCUGCUGGCAGUGCACCGAUCAUGAAUGAAGCGGUUAACUUAUUGAGAUCUAUUCAGUCAUAGAAGAAAGAAAAAGAUGAGUACGAUUCAUUUGGAGAACAGGUAGCCAUUAAACUGAGGAAAAUUACUUCACCUCAAGCAAGGUUUGAAGCCCAACAAAUAAUUAAUAAAACAUUAUUUGAGGCAGAGAUGGGCAUGGCAGGUUACUCGUACAAUUCCAACACACAUCAACAAACAUAUCCCAAUAUCUUCCCAUCUACAAAUGAAAAUUAUUGACCUCAGUUAUCGCCCUACCCAUUAACACAAUCUCCUACGUUAAAUUCACAAUAUUCAUCUUCAUCUUUUUCUGCCUCUCAGUCCCCAUCAUCUGUUUGGUCUGACAAUAACGAAAACGAGAUCUGAAACAUAUUAAAUUUUACAUGCAAUCAAUAAUUUACAUUUUCAAAUGUUACAUACUUUUUCCAAUUUUAUACUAUGAGCAAAUUUUGUAAGCUGUAAUUUGAAUUGAAUAAACAAAAUAUGAAAAUAAAGUAUUGCAUUUACUAGAA